AUGUCUCAACGACUGCACAAUACGGAGGGUUGGGAAGAUGAUAAGGGCCAAGAGCAGUCUCGCCCUGCACCUUUGCAACAAAUCUCCGCCGCCACCGCUAUGUCCGCUACCCGUAUGCCCGCCCCCGGGCUCCCAGCCGCUCCAGCUACCGGUUCCGCCGAUACAGAGACGUCCGCCGAUACAGAGACGUCCGCCGGCGUCCAAAGCCCGAAGCAGAAUCUGUAUUACAAGGUUCCUAUGUCACGUGGCCAUAUUCGCUUGCUUCAACUAUUGCCGUCUGAAAACGAGGACGCCGCAAUACACUGUCGGCUCUUCUGCACCAGAUUGGACUCAAAAGGCACUCGUCCGUACGAGGCCUUAUCCUACGUGUGGGGCUCCGAGGCCAAGCCUUGUUCCAUCUCUAUAAACGGGUGUGACUUGCCCGUCGGAGAAAACCUUCACGCAGCGCUGUUACAUCUUCGAGAUCACUCCAUUGAACGAACUAUAUGGAUAGAUGCCAUUUGCAUCAACCAAGAUGACGAAGAAGAAAAAGGACACCAAGUUCAAUCUAUGGCGAAGAUCUACGCUAAAGCAAGUCGCGUAAUUGUUUGGCUUGGAGAGGAGGCAGCCGGUAGCGACCAAGCGCUUGAAGAAAUACGCAUCGCAGCCAAGCGCGACCAAGCACCCGAAGAAAUACGCAUCGCAGCCGAGCUGUCUACAAGACGAUUAGACAAUAAAGCGGGAAUCCUUACACUGCUUCAACGACCGUGGUUUCAGCGCAUCUGGGUGCUUCAGGAAGUUGCCGCGGCUCGCCAUAUCCUGAUCAAGUGUGGUUCUGCUGAGGUUGACGGAUUUGCAUUCUGUUCAGGCCUGAAAGCAUUGAACCUGUCCAAUGAACUCCCCGCAGACCUGCGGGCUCAAAUCCUUUCGGUAACCUACCUCAUAAGGGGCGCAAUCUUCCGGCCCAAAUACGCGACUAGUCAGUCAGACAACUUUUCUCUUAACAUACGCCCUCUGAGUGAACUGAUAGAGAUGUACCACACCCGCAAAGCUACGAAACGUCUCGAUAAAGUAUAUGCCUUACUUGGUAUGAGCUCUGAUAAUCCAACCGCAGCAGGAUUAUUUGCCGACUACAAGAUUUCGUGGAAACAACUCUUUAAAAAACUCAUCCACGUCGUCCUAUCUGAAUUGGUCUCUGUAAACGGCCUUUCGGACGAUAAGGAGAUUGCCGUCAUUGAGGGCAAGGGCUGCAUUCUUGGCGAAGUGUCCUCAGUCAAGAGAAAUGCUAUUUGGGAAGACAGACAAGAUAUGGCCAUUACUUGGAGGAAUGCCCCCAGCUAUAUUUGCGUGAAGGAAGCAUGGGGCUUUUGCUGGACCCUCCCGACCACGGUAAAAUCCGUCCAAAAAGGAGAUGUCGUCUGCCUUCUUCAAGGAGCGUCGAGACCCACGAUCCUUAGGCCAUACAACGAUCACUGGGCGGUUAUCAUGAUUGCAGUUUCCCCAGCAGGCGAU